AUGCUGUCGUCACGCGAGCGUCUCCAAGAACGGCAGGGCCAGUACGCCGCCCCGCGCCACGAAUACCUGCAGCAGUUGGUGGACGAGUUCCAGCGCUCGCCCGACAUCCUCCGCAAGGAGGAAGUCGUGGCCAACCUGGCCAACUUCGCCUACGACCCCAUUAACUACAGCUCGCUAGCCCGGCUGCGCAUCAUGGACCUCUUCCUCGACAUCCUAGACGCCGACCAAGAAGACAACAGCCUUACCAACAACAACAGCAACGAGGAUGAAGCCAAGCAGCAAGGACCUGCAACUACUGCUUCCACUCGAGCUUCACGGAAGCAAAAGCUGGUGGAAUUUGCUCUAGGAGGCAUCUGCAACUGCAUCCCAGACCCCAUACUGCAGCAGCAGUUCAUCGACGGAGAGGGCGUCGACAUUAUGGCUCCCUACAUCCUCGAAGCGCAGCUCGACAGCCAGCCAGCAGCUUCGGAGCUCAACGUGGCGGUCUCCGCAUUGACCGCCGCGUAUUUCCUCCUGGACUCAAGUGCGUUCGCAGAUAUCACUGCUCAGAGGUUCGUGGCCAAGAUGCAGUCCUUACAGCAGCACUCUAUCGCCCAGGUCGCCAACACGGCUGCUGCAUUCCUCUCACGCUACCAGGAGGUCCUCAAGACUGCAUAA